UUAGCCCCCAAUCCUUCCCCAUUGAGACCUCUUUGCCCAGCCAAAGACAGAUUAUACUUAUGGACCCCCACCACAUCACGCACCAGCCUCGAUGCCCGCGGCAAACUGGUCUCCCUAUCCUCAGCCGACCUGCAACACAUCAAAGACGUGGUGAUCCAAGGAUACGUGGACUCAACACGGGAGUCUUACGGGUCCGGAUUACUGGUAUUCCACAUAUUCUGUGACAGUAAGCUCAUCCCAGAAGAUCAGCGAGCGCCAGCAAGCCGCGUAUUAAUAUCAUCCUUCAUAUCGUGCAUGGCCGGGCACUACUCGGGAAAGACGGUUUCCAACUACGUACACGGAGUGCGAGCCUGGCAUGUCGUUCACGGAAUCACCUGGAUACUCCGCGACGCAGAAACAGACACACUCCUCAAAGCAGCGGUAACCCUUACCCUAUCCACUUCGAAAUGUAGUAAGCGGCAGCCAUACACCAUUGAUCUCAUUAUCGCCAUACACAGCCAACUCGACUUGAAUUCCCCUCUAGACGCAGCCGUCUUCAGCUGCCUUACCACCACGUUCUUCGCCAUGGCGAGAACGGGUGAAUUCACGAUUCCUCGGCUCGACACUUUCAAUCCAGCAAUACAUGUUAAACCGUCCGACGUUCGUGACGUGCAAGACUGUCAGAACCUGACUACGAAGAACUUCCACCUCCCCCGCACGAAUACGAGCUUAGACGGAGAAGACAUAUUCUGGGGAAAGCAGCAAGGGUUGGCUGACCCAGAUGAAUCCUUCGCCAACCACCUCCUCAUCAACCAGCCCCCGACUAACGGUCCACUUUUCGCCUACCGCUUCAAAGACACCCACCGCCCUCUCACAAAGUCCAAGCUCCUUACCAGGCUCGCUCAAGCCACCAAAGGGGCAGGGCGUGAACCUGUCCAGGGCCACGGCAUUCGAAUCGGGGGGACACUGGGAUACUUGCUCAGGAACGUGCCCUUUGACGUCGUCAAGGCCAAGGGGAGAUGGGCAAGCGAUGCGUUCCUCGUAUAUUUGCGGGAUCACGCGCAGAUAAUGGCACCUUUCAUGCAAGGCAUUUCACCAGUUCACAAGCAGCUCCUACGGUACACAAUGCCCCCAGUCCGCUGA